AGCAUCAAGGCGGCGCCAACGCGACCGCCUGCGCGCGACAUGGCCCUCCGCGCCGCCAUGCUGCGCAAACGCACCAUGGAGGACGGCGCCGACGGUGGCGCGGCGGCCAGCAGCGGGGCUGCUCCGGCGGCGGCGCAGGGGCUCGGCAUCAUCGAGCCCCGCGUCAUCUGCACGCCCAUCGACCUCAGCAGCGACAGCGACGACAAGCCGCUGCUGAAGAAGGUCGCGCGCACUGACCCAGAGAGUGCGGACAGGCUCGCGCUGACUGACGCGCAGCAGCACGGACGCGUCGGCUCGGCUCAGGCCCCCACGCUGGACGGCUACACGCGGCCGGUGGGGGCACCGAACCCAGAGGACAUCACUCGCGAGCAGUACCACCAGUUCAUGCUCGGCAAGCCGGAGAAGUACUCCGCGGAGCUGAG